UGAUAAAGAAGGAGCUUACGACAAAACAAUUACAAGGAUUAGAAAAGAAGAAGGCAGCAUUUUUAGAAAUUGCGAGGCUCAACGAUAAAGAUAAGGAAGCAAAACUGCAGGCUUUAAAGCAGAGGAUAAUUAAAGACCGAGGGAACUUUAUUGAUCUAUACAUAGUAUUAAGCGAUAUAAACCAAUAUGCAAGCUUGAAGGAAGAACUCAAGAGACGUAAGAAGAGGCUUAAAGCAAUUCCAAGACUCACUCUUAAAGCGGUUGGCGAUGCUACUCUGGAUAUUCGAAACGUAGGAAAGAGGAUACCGAUAUUUCUUAGUGAUGUACAACAUCUUCUGUUAUAUUCACUGCUCGGCCAUUCACCCUAUCUUCCUGCAGCGAGAUGGUGUCAACUUGAGAAGUAUAACAAAGUAAGCCAUACUGUAGUCCUGGUGCUUGAAGGCUUGUCUUCACAUCAUUACAUGGCUUAUGAGAGCAUGUUCCCACACAUAGUAAAUAACUUAAAGCAUCGUUUAGAGGUAAUAACACCUGCUGUCUAUGGCAUAACAGAAGAGCUAGCAGCUGUUCCUUUAACAGGAACUCAAAGUGAUAAAUUAAUUAAACGAUAUGGCUCCUUAGAAACUGCUCUGCAAACAAACGGAAAUGUUAUAAAAUUGCUGAGAAGCGUCUUUCCGAUGCAUUCGAUAAAUAGUGACGAGAAAUUGCCUACGAAGGACAGCUCCGACGGAGAUUUACCAUCGACUGAUAAAUUUUCUAGAACGAAACUGCUUUUGUCGUUAUGGCAAAUGGUGGAGGAAAACUAUCCUGUACCUCUGAGAGGACCGUUAGUAGAAAGAGAGGCCACGUCAACAUCGCCAAUGUUCGGUUUAGAUUGUGAAAUGUGCCUGAUAACAAGCGGCAAUUUGGAACUCACUAGAAUAAGUAUUGUUGAUGAGAGCAUGAAGGUCAUUUAUGACAGUUUGGUGAAACCGGAGAAUGCAAUAACAAAUUAUCUGACUCGGUACAGCGGCAUUACUGAGGAUAUGUUGGACGACGUCACGUUGCACGACGUUCAACAGACACUGAGAACGUUACUUCCUGCGGAUGCGAUUCUCGUAGGACAAAGCUUGAAUUCAGAUUUGCACACGUUAAAAAUGAUGCAUCCCUACAUCAUCGAUACCUCCGUAAUAUUCAAUCUUACUGGAGAUAGGUAUAGAAAAACGAAACUGCAGAUUUUGGCACGUGAAUUCCUCGGGGAACGCAUUCAAGACAGUAAAGCCGGACACUGCUCGGCCGAGGACUCGAAGGCUUCCAUGAAAUUAGUAAAGUUGAAAUUAGCGAACAGCGUGGAUUACGGAGACGCCGUGCUGCUCGGCGAUCGCAGCAUGAGAGUCUUGAAAAUGGAAACUGGCAACGAGAGAACGAAGCGAACAUUGCAAAGUACAGAAAUAAAGAAAUACGCCACAUCGAUAUUUAGUCACAUAACGAAAAAUAAAGGUGCCACCACCGCCAUCGUGGGCGACGAUGAGGUGAUGUCCGAAUAUUCCAAAUAUUUAACGAACUCGUCUCUCAAUGUCAUGGACGACGAAAGUUUCGCGAAGGAUGAUCAAGUACAUCUAGUUAUAGCAGAUAACGAUAAACACGCUGUAGAUCGGACUUCGGAAAUCGUGAUGGAGCAUGCUUUUGUACUGUGCCAUGUGAAACUCGGGGAAGAACAACUGAAAGACGAACUGCUAGAAGAAACAUUUCGUACUGUGAAUGAAUGGAUUUAUAAACAUAAAAUUAUAAACAUGUAUAUUUAUAUUGACUUGCUUUUUAUAAAAUAUCUUUUUUCGCCAAUUUUAGUAACUGCGGAAUAGCUUAUUACGUACAUAAAUAUACUAAAUGUUAUACAGUA